AUGAGGGGGGCAAGCGUAAGAUCCAGAGUGGUGAGGUUGAGUGAGUUUUUUUUCUGGUUUAUGCGCCCUGAAGCAAUCCCCUUUCUGUAAAUCCCUCUUCUUUGCAUCCCAUUCUGUAUUCAUUCGUCUUCUUCAGAGGGUCCCAAUUUUUGUUUUGAGAGUCUCGGAGCUUUUCUGUUAUUUUUUUAAAUACCCAAAAGCUUCAGAAGUAGUGGAUGUUUCAGAUCCGGAUCCAAUUUGAUUUCUCUGCUUUUCUUUUCUUGUUUUAUACUACCCAUCAGAUGCAAUUCUGCUCUGUGUAAUAAAUAUUUAGUUUGUCAUAUUUGUGGGUUUUUUUUUCUUUCUUAAUUUUAGUGUUCCCUGGUUGUGGGUUUGAUUCAUCAUCCAGGUAGUUUAGGUGUAUAAGGAUUUAGAGGAGCAUUUGUUGUUCCAUUAGAGGCAUCGUUUCAGAGCCUCUGCAAGGGAAGAGGAAUAUUUUUUAAGACCUCGUCCCUUUUUUAAUUUUCUGAAAUUCAGGCAAGAUUGUUUUUUGACCUUGCUCUGAAUUGUGUCUUCUUUUAUAUUUUGUUGGGUCAUUUUAUUUUAGGCUGUAGUUUAGGCAUAUAAUACUGGCAGUCACAGGUGCUUGUUUGAUUUCUAAUUUUGACAUAAAUCAGCAACACCUGAGGUGUGGAAGUCCUUUGUAGAAUUCCAAAAUUUGCCACAGGUUUGAUCAUAGUGCUAACAUGGCAACAGCUAGGGCAGACUUUAAUAAUAGUAGCAGCACAGAUUUGUUCAUGAGUGAGGAGUUGUUGAAAGCACUUGCACAGAAUGCUUUUGCAGCUUCAAGCUCACAGCUUUUUGAAGAAUCUGCAUCCAGUUCAUCUUCCCCUGUUAAUGAAGAUGUGGGUUUAGGUAGUCUAGGAGCCAGAGAGAGAUAUGUGCCCUUUUCUGGACCUGGUUUUUCAUAUGGGUCUUGCUCAUUUCUCCCUAAUGGAGAUGGAUGCAACCAGCCUGAUGGUCUGGUGUGGUGCCCAAAUUUUCAAGGGCUAGAAGCCACCACCAGCCAGGCUGGGGAUUCCAUUUACGGGUCUAGUCUACAGCAGCCUCCUCUGGCUCUGUAUCAGUUGUUCCCAAUACACCAGAUUCAAGCCCAGCUGCAGAUCAUACAAGAGCAAGAGCAGCAGCAACUUCUAUGGAAGCAACAGCAGGAGCAGGCAAUGGCUUAUCAGCAACAAUCACAAUUCAGGCAGUGGAAUGAUGCAGUGGCAGUAAAUCACCACCAUCACCUUGGCCCUAGAAGCCAGCCCAUGAAGCAUGUGGGUAAACCACCCAAUGGUGGUUCUGGUGUCUCCAAGCCCACCAAACUUUACAGAGGGGUAAGACAAAGGCACUGGGGCAAGUGGGUGGCAGAGAUUAGGUUACCUAGGAACAGAACAAGACUAUGGCUUGGGACCUUUGAUACAGCAGAGGAAGCAGCCAUGGCCUAUGACAAGGCAGCUUAUAAACUGAGGGGUGAACAUGCUAGGCUUAAUUUUCCAGCCUUGAAGCAUCUUUUGCAGGGAGAUUCAAGCCCAUCUUGGCUGGGGAAUUCACUCUUUUCCCCUGCCAAACCCGUGCUCCAAUCUUCUGUUGAUGCCAAACUGCAGGCAAUUUGUGAAAGCUUGAAACAACAACAACAACCACCUCAACAACCUUCUGUGGGUAAUGAAAACAGCAGUACCAGUACAACAUCAUGUGUUUCUGAGGAGGAACCAACAUGUGCAGAUGAGAGUUUGGGCUCUGUGGGACUGUGUGGUGAUGUGAAGAAGAACGAUUUUGUAUCUGUGAAGUCCGAGUCUCCAUCAUCUUCUGAUAGUAGUAAUGACUCCACCAUCACUGUAAUGAGUUCAGCUGGUGGGUCGGGCACUCCAUCAAGAGGAUGUAAUUCGGAGGCAGAGGCAGAGACAGAGAUAGAAUCAGAUACCUUUUGUAGCACACCAUCCUUCUCUCCAUCAAUGUGGGCAGAGCUUGAUGAUUAUUUGCUAACUAUUCCUCCCUUUGAGGCAGACAUGAACUGGGACUUGUUGUCCUCUGUAGCUUAGACAUGACAUUUUCUUCUUUGCUGUUACUGUUAGGAUAAAUCCAUGAACUCUACAUCACAGGCUUCUGCAAUUUAUUAGACUAUAGUUUAUGUAAUUAUACUUAUAUGUACUCUGUAAUAGGGGCUGGCAUGCCCUAUAAAUAAAAAAAUUAUUUGGUGCAAGGAAAGGCUUGUUUGUUGCAUAA